CCCCGCCCCAGGGGCCGACGCGACGGGGCGGGGCGCGGAGCCCAGCCCAGCACAGGCCGGGGCGGGUGGUGACAGACUUGCGACGCCUGGAGGCCGGGAACGCACCGUCAGGAUCUGCCAGGUCCCAGCCGCUGGGGUCUCCCCUCAGCCCUUGAGUGGCCAUGUCCAACCCCAGCGCACCCCCUCCGUAUGAGGACCGCAACCCCCUGUACCCUCCACCCCAGGGGGGCUAUGGACAGCCUUCUGUCCUGCCCGGCGGGUACCCUGCCUACCCUGCCUACCCACAGCCUGGCUAUGGUCACCCUGCUGGCUACCCACAGCCUAUGCCCCCCGUGCACCCGAUGCCCAUGCACUACGGCCCAGGCUAUGAUGCCGAGGAGAGAGCAGUGAGUGACAGCUUCGGGGCCGGAGAGUGGGAUGACAUGAAAGUCCGACACACCUUCAUUCGAAAGGUUUACAGCAUCAUCUCUGUCCAGCUGCUCAUCACAGUGGCCAUCAUCGCCAUCUUCACCUUUGUGAAGCCAGUUGGCGAGUUUGUGAGAAGAAAUGUGGCUGUCUAUUACGUAUCCUAUGCUGUCUUCCUGGCCACCUACCUGACCCUUGCCUGCUGCCAGGGACCCAGACGCCGUUUCCCAUGGAACAUUAUCCUGCUGACCCUCUUUACUCUUGCCCUGGGCUUCAUGACCGGCACCAUUUCCAGUAUGUAUCAAACCAAAGCUGUCAUCAUCGCAAUGAUCAUCACUGCUGUGGUGACUAUUUCAGUCACCAUCUUCUGCUUCCAGACCAAGGUGGACUUCACCUCGUGCACAGGCCUCUUCUGUGUCCUGGGAAUUGUGAUGAUGGUGACUGGGAUCGUCACUGCCAUCGUGCUGUCCUUCAAAUACAUUUACUGGCUCCAUAUGGUCUAUGCUGGUCUGGGGGCCAUUUGCUUUACCUUGUUCCUGGCUUACGACACUCAGUUGGUCCUGGGGAACCGGAAGCACACCAUCAGCCCAGAGGACUACAUCACUGGUGCCCUGCAGAUCUACACCGACAUCAUCUACAUCUUCACCUUUGUGCUGCAGCUGGUGGGGAGUCGCGAUUAAAGAGCACCCCCAGUUCCGCUCCACUUUGGGCUCUCCCAACUCUAGAGGGCUGGGUCCUGUGACCAGGGUCUGGGCCACAGACGCCUUUCCUUCCCCUAAAGUAAUACGCCCAGUUUCCUUUCUGUCCUGGGUGAGUGGCCUCUGUGGCUGUGGCUGUGGCUGUGUGGGUACCACCUGGGGACUAACUCUUGCCCUUGAUGGACUUGGCAGGGACUAGGCUGAAGAUGUGCCUUCUCCCUCCACCCACUAUGUGGCACCAAAUUCUUCUUAACUGCUGGGGUCAGAGCGGGGAGGGAUGAAAGAGCCUCUUCUAAAACUAAAAGGGAAUAUGGAUGUAGACGUGACUCUUCAAGGUGAUGAGGUUCCCCCUCCCACCUUUGCCACAGGCUUCUGGGCUAGGUAGCUGGAGCUGUUUCCUCCCUCAACCCCUAACAGAGCCAAAGAGGUUUGUCCCCAGCCUGCUGGACUCUUAGGCCAUUAUCCUGUACUCCUUUGGCAAACCCUGUGGCUCCCUGGCUCAGGGAGGUAUAAGCGAUCUGUGCUGUGGGUCCCCCUGCUUCGGCUCCUCUCUUGAUGCAUGUACAUACUGUUUAUCUGGGUUGGGGGUGGGGGAGGGAGAGGGAGAGACAGCAAGCAAACUCAAGCACAGGGGCCAACACAGAGCAGCGUCUACCCUGGGCUUCCUCGUGGCUGUGGUGGUGGCAGAGAGCAGGCCCGUUUGCAGCCAUUGGGUCCCCAUUCUCCAAAGCUGCCGGGGGACCUCCCUGGUGCUUCUGAGCUCUGUCAGAGGGAUCUCUGGCUUUCCAUGCUCAGGCAGAAAGUGAGGGCAAUGGUCAGGAGAUGGGGUGGUUUGUAGGAUCAUAUGUGGCCAGGAAGUAACCAGGAAGAAGAGACUGGGUUGGGAUGCCUUGGAGUACCCCACCCAGUCUGACAGAUAUUGUUCUUUCCUUCUGCUAACCUGGGGAGGGCCUGAGAGGAAGGAGACUUCCCCUCUGUUUUAACUCCUACUGAGGGACUUUAGACUCAGACCCCAUCUCUCUAGCCAGCUCCUGCUUUCUUAGUGACACCAAGUGCCUCAAGCUGGAAUGGAAAGGGGAACAAGGGUCACUCUAAGGUCACUAUCAGGUGGGGUGGAAACCAAAUCAGCUCAAGGGUAUAAGUAGGACUUCUCUAAGUCCUUGGUCCUAAGUAUAUCACAUAAAAAAACAUAACUAGAAAUGUAAUAAAGUUUUACAUUUAGAAGUUAAAACCCCA